GCCCUUUGAGAGCCAACACAAGUCAGUACAUUCAGGGAGAAGGCAGACACAGCCAGCAGAGUGGAGCAAUGUGGCAUUCAAACUUGGUGCUGGCAGUGCUGAUUGGGUGUACAGACCCAGUCUCAGGGUACAGUAAUGGAAAGGUGAGCGUUGCUUGUGAAGACAUGGUGCCUCAGCAUGGUUAUGAGCCCAGCCCAGACCCUCCUCCAUACAACAUCAGUGUGGAUAAAUCCACAUUCAGUCCAGGUGACAACAUCACAGUAUCUUUACAAGUGGCCUUCUCCUACCCCACGUUCUUCAAGGGGUUCCUGAUAAAAGCUCGGGAUGCUGGGAAAUGGAACUCCCCAGCAGUAGGAUUCUUUAUCCUGACUGACCCACAUGAGUCCCAGCUGCUACAGUGUGGCCACACUCAGGGAUCUGGGGUGAGCCACAAGAGCAGCACAAGAAAGACUCACAUUCAGGCGGUGUGGAAAUCUCCAAGAAACCCUCCACACAGAGUCCAGUUUCUUGUGACGGUGGUGCAUAAAUAUAAUAUGUACUGGGUGAGGAUUGCAGGUCCUGUGGUGUCUCUAGGAGUGACCACUGUUCCAUCCACUGUUGUUCCUGCUCAGACCACCAGCCCCACUGCUUUGUCCACACCGCUUAGUUCAGCAGGUUGUGGUCGCAAUAAGUCUUGCCUUAGAGACCCAGUGGGCUGUCACCCUGAGUCAGAUUCCCACUGUUACUUCCUGUCAUUUUUUACUGACCAAAAAGGACAGAGUGUGAUGUUUGAACUCAGUGGGCCUGCUGAAGGUUACAUGUCCUUCGCCCUCUCUCUGGACAAAUGGAUGGGGAAUGAUGAUGUCUAUCUGUGUGUGAAUGAUGGAGGCAGAGUUACUAUCAGUGCUGCACAUGUCACUGGACGACAACACCCUGAGCUGGUGACAGAGGAGGAUCUCUGGGGUCAAACCUGGAGGUUGGCUGAUGGGGUCAUCCAAUGUCGUUUCCAAAGAAGUGUCCUCCUCUCUCAACAGGACAACCGGUUCAGCUUAAACAAUAGCUACUUCUUGUUUCUCGCACAUGGUAGAUCUCAGCAGGGUGUAUUAAUGCUGACUGUGUGGAUGUGGAUGGUAAGCACAGCCGUCUUCAUUGCUCGGCACUACAAACCCUGCUGGCCUGACACAACUCUGCUGGGACAAAGGCUGUGGUUUCAGCUCCAUCGAACCAUGAUGGUCUUGGCUGUGGUCCUAACUGGUGUUGCGUUCACCCUGCCUUUCAUAUACAGAAGGGGAUGGAGCAAG